AUGUCGUUACUAGAGUUUGAUAACUACGACGGCCUACUGUCGUCUAUGAACAAAAAGAAAAAUGCAUCCUCGGGGCAAGACGAUGGAAACUACCAUUAUCCCGAAUUCGAUACCGCCGAUGUGGAUUUUGCAGAUAUCAACGAUGUUAUGAGUACUUACAACUCUGCAACGAUGUCUCCGUAUUCCAACGGGUCGUCACCAGACAAUAUGUUCCCUGCCGCAUUCAACCCAGGAAGCUACGACGAUUUCGCUAUGAACAAAUCCGACUCUGAAAACACCACCAGAUCCGGUGACAUGCCUUCUUUGACCACCACACAUACCGCGUCUUCCCUUUCGACGAAUGGAAUUGUCAAACUCGAAGAUGAGGACCUGUUCCAAAUUAAACGCAGAAGACAACCAAGCACUAAAAGUAUCGAGCAUGGAAUCACCAAAGGCAAGAAGUUCAAGUCUCCUCACAACCUGAUCGAAAAAAAGUACAGAACUAAUAUCAACACCAAGAUUGUCGAGCUUAGAAACUGUGUUCCUGCGCUCCGUAUCUUGGUUGCCAAAGAAAAUAAUCACCAUACAAAUUCCUCCGACAGAGUUGAUGAUUACGAUGACGAUUACGAGGGUGACGGGUACACUGAUGACGAAGAAAAACUGGAUGGAUUACAGCCAGCACGCAAACUAAACAAGGCCACGAUUCUCUCGAAAGCUGCCGAAUAUAUCAAGCACCUUGAGUGGAAGAACGAAAUAUUAAUGAGAAAGAACGAGCGUUUGCUGGGAAUGCUCAAAGGACAUGGCAACCCAGCCGAUAUGGACUUUUCUUUGUCUUCUCCCGAAAAUGAUCUUACACAUUCCCAAACCGGCUCGAGCCUUAGCUCAUCUCCAAACCAAUUCUCUUCAGCCCCUGCAAACGCCUAUCCCGAGAGUUCGAUGCCCUUCAGCAACAAGGUGCUACUUGGUGGCAUGACUUGUAUGCUUGGAGCUUCUGCUUUCGAUGACAUGGCUGCCGGAUCUGCAGACAGAAAGGGUUUAUUUUCUGUGCCGAUUUUUGCGUUUUCCACGACAACUUCCUCUGGCUCUUUCAACUCCAGCAUGUUGAGACCUUUCCUUGGUCUGUCCAAAUUCUUGCUGUGUCUUGGAAUGAUCUACUUCUAUGUGAUUGUUCCUUUGCUCGGAAUGAAGAAACAAGAAUUCCAUCCACUGAAAACUUACCACCGUCUUAUGAGCUUGACAGCUACCGAUUUGGAACGGUUCUUGAAGACCACUGAUCCAUCAAAAGUCUAUCUUGGACUGGUCGGCCUGUUUAACCUCGAGCAGAAUCCAUCAAACUUGUUUGUGAAGUCUGUCUAUCUUAAAAAAUGCGGCGAGUUGACUGGAUCGAAAUUUUUGCAAGCUCAAAUCUUUGAUCGUCUUGGUAAAAAAUACUGGGACGAGGCAAAGGAUCAAUCAAAAGACCAAAAGCUUUCAUUAUUAUUGGAGAACUCUUCUUAUGACGCGCUGUCACUGCAGUUUUCCAAAAAGUAUGAGCAGUUUGACCUGAUCACACAAUACUUGCAUGGUGUCAAUGAUGCUCUUUUGAACGAAUCGUUGCAAAAGCUUGUGUUGUAUCAAAGUGUUUCAAUGAAAUACUCAAAAGACAAAUCUGAUUUGCUUGAGCUCGAGCUCACCGCCAUGAAGGUUGAGAUCAAUCAACUGUUGGAGCGCGUUACAAAACUGUCCAAGAUUUUGAACAGAAAUGAAGACCGAUGCCAAAUUCUCAAGUUCUUGGUGAAGCCAACCGAAGCAAACUUAAAGGCAGCCUUCGAUGUGGAGGAGACCAAUGAUAAUGAGAUGAUCGGUCUUGUGUGCUGCGCAUUGAAGUACCAGCUACUUAACUUCAACGACGAGUAUGAUUUGUUGCACGACUGGUUCUCGAAACUGAGUCUGCCCAACUUCAGCAAUGGAGGUCACAUGAAGCUGUUUGAAUUUGUUGCAAUUUUGAACGUCCUGCAACUCACCAGCCUUGAUCUCCUGGGAAAACUUGACGAGGUUAACCUCCACAACGACGAAAAGGAAAGCCACCAACCGGGAGAACCAGAUUUGAUUCCUCGUCCGGCUAUUUCCAAACUAAAUUUCAAAUUACUUAAUGUCGUGGCAAAUAUGCGCAUUUUUGCCGGAAACAAAGACUUCCCAGCUCCUUUGGAAGUGAAGGAUCAGCUGGUGGAGUUCUUUGUUGAGAUCAUCGAAAAGCUCAAUGGGUUUUAG